GCUCUAGCUUUAGCCACAGCGACUCUCAACUUUCAUCAGAGCAACACUUAGCUUAGCCGCUAGCCGCGCUAGCCGCCAGACCGCCUGGCGAGACGCUCCGCAAACUUCAUCUUGACGUUACUCCGUACCCGGGAAGCCGCCCCCUAACUCCGGCCUUACCUCGGACCGGGAGAGCGAUGUGACGCGCGUUUACUACCCCCCCCGAUGGAUUUACCAAAACCUGGUUUUAGUGUGGUCUAAAAGCUGGACUCAAGACGGUUUCGUGUUGUUUUUUUUAGUUUCUGAAGUAGCUGGGAGUUUUUUUUAAAAACUGCGGCCCGCACCAUGUCUGGAUCCCCGGGCACAGGUGGCUCCAACCCGAGGAAGUUCAGCGAGAAGAUCGCUCUGCACAACCAGAAGCAGGCGGAGGAGACCCGGGCUUUUGACCAGCUCAUGACGGAUCUCAACGUCUCCAGGGUGCAGUUUCAGAAGAUCCAGCAGCUUCGCCUGUCUCAGACACGGGCCCCAUACUAUGGCGGAUCGCUGCCCAACGUCAACCAGAUUGGCAAUACCAGCAAUGACUUCCAGGGUGGCUUCCCCUCAGGGCUGGACUCUGUCAGAGGGACCCGUCACCAUGGACUGGUGGAGAGGGUCCACCGGAACCGCAUCAACUCCCCGCUUCGCCGGCCCCUGGACAAGCACGGACGGCAGAUUGAGAGCUCUCCGUACGCGACGGCGUACCUGUCCCCGCCCCCGGACAACAACUGGAGAAGGGAUCAGCAGACAUGGACUGAGGAGAAGCGUCCUGGGUUUAGAUUAAUAUCCCAACUCAACAGAACCAACUCGGACUCGGCCCUCCACACGAGCGUCAUGAACCCCAACGCCCAGGAUCCCUUCGGCAUGGGCCAGCAGAUGGGACGAGGGCCGCCCCAGCGCCCCAACGCCGGUGGGAAUGAGGUGGAGGUCGACGGCACUGGCGAUGUGUUCUCCUUUCCCUCCCUGUCUAAUGAGGAGGGUCUGCUAGGCGUCAGCAAGCCCCUGCCAAAGCAGCUGUGGGAGGCCAAGGUCCAGUCCCUGGCUUCUCGACCUAAAUCCUGUGAAGUGCCUGGAAUCAAUAUAUUCCCCUCUCCGGAGCAGAACCCGGGGCUGUCCCACUACCAGGGCUCGCUCAGCCAGGGCGGCUCGCUGCCCGACCUCACCAACCUGCACUUCCCCUCGCCGCUGUCCACGCCGCUGGACCCCGAGGACAACGGCGGCUACCCCAACCUCAGCGGGGGCAGCAGCACGGGCAACCUGCCCGCCGCCAUGAUGCACCUGGGUAUCGGCAACACGCAGGGUCUGUCCUCGUCUCUGAGCAACCCGUCCAUCCAGGCCUCCCUCAGCACCUCCCAGAUGCACAUGUCCCUGAGCAACCCCUCCAUCCACUCGUCGCUGCGGAUGGCCGCGCUGCCCAGCCCCCCGCCGCCGGCCGGGCUCAACAGCUCGCCGCGCCGCCGCCCCGCCCCCAUCAGCCCCCUGACGCUGUCGCCGGGCGCCGAGCAGCGCCGGGGCCUGGCCAAGCAGCUGUCGCCCACCAUGUCGCCCUCGCUGUCGCCCAUCACCCAGGGGGUUGCCUUGGACACCAGCGGCAUGCCCAUGGAGCCGCCGCCGCCGUACCCGCUCUAUCAGCAGUCCCAGCAUGCACUGGGCCAGGGGCCGCCCCGACACCAGCAGCACCAGCAGCAGCACCAUCAACAACAGCUGCACCACCACCACCACCACCAGCAGCAGCAACAACAACAGCACCAACAACAACAACAACAACAGCAGCAGCAGCAACAACACCACCAACAACAACUUCAACAUCAUCAACACCACCAACAGCAACAACACCAUCAACAACAACAACAGCAGCAACAACAGCAGCAGCAGCACCAACAACAACAGCACCAACAACAACAACAACAACAACAACAACAACAACAACAACAACAACAACAACAACAACAACAGCAGCAGCUCCAACAGCAGCAGCAGCAGCAGCAGCAGCAGCCGUCCUCCCCCGUCAACAACAUUCCCCUGGAAUUCACGGGCAGCCCGCAAAACCUGGCAUCGUUCUUCAGCGAUCCCUUUCUGGAGCAGCAGUUCUCUAGCCGCCAAGACAAAGCUCUGUCCUACCAGUUCGAGCAGUACAGUCUCCUGGAGAGCGUGCUGAACUCGGCGGCGGGGGGCUCCUGCUUCGACCCCUCGCCUGCCCCCUCGGGUCUCUUCUGCCCCCAGGGGGCCCACUCGGGCCUGUCUGGUAGCCGUGGCAACCUGCACGACCCCCUCAACAUGAGGUCCAACAUGCUCUACUCCAACUGCGGCGGGGGUGUGCCCAACAUCAUCCUCACUGACGAGUCCAACGCCAGCCUGUCCAAGGACAUCAGCAGCGCCCUGUCGGCCAUGCCCGAGUGCUUCGACUCGGAGUCGGGUUUCCCCCUGGAGGACGAACUGCGCAUCGAGCCCCUGAGCCUCGACGGUCUGACCAUGCUCAGUAACCCCGACAUGGUGCUGCCCGACCCCUCCGUGGAGGACACCUUCCGCAGCGACAGACUCUGAGCGACACCGUGCCACGAAAGGCUCUUACCCAUACAGACCCUCUCUUUCUUUGUUUCACUUUCUUUAUUUCUCACUUUCACUCUCACUCCCCUUCUUCAACUCGCACACAUAUCAGAGGCUCACGGAAGGUUUUGUGUAACACGUGCACACGGACGUGCGCUACAUGGAAUGUACAAAUCUAAAUAUAUGCAUGCAGACAAUCUCAUCAUUCGCACCACUGGAUCACACACUCACACACACACACACACACACACACACACACACACACACACACACACACACACACACACACACACACACACACACACACACACAGCCACUAAAGACUCAACAAAUGUGAAAAGCGUGUGAUGUGCAUGCGCACACUGCAUUUUAAGCGUGCAUGCUUGCACGCAGUCAUUUUUUUCUGGAGGGUCGCAAGAUACGUAUGCAGUUUACAUAUUCUCGAUGCAAAACCUUUCCCCGCUCGCCCGCUCUGUGUGCGACUGUGUAGUGUAACCGUAAACAGCAUGUGUAAACGACGUGUCGCGUUGCUUAACCUGCGCAACCGCGUACACGCAAACAGCGCGGCCCGGGUUCAAAGGUCAGGUCCGACCGCAGCAGCGCCGGGGGGGGGGUCCAGCGGGGGUCCAGCGGCCGGUCCCAACGGGCCCCUCACGUAGAACUAAACAAACACUCGCUCUGUUGACAGCAUGCCGGCAGCGCCAAGCCCCCCCCCCCGUGAGCCAUGCAUGUUUUCAUUGCUCGUCUGCAUGCCUCACCCCCCGCCCCCUCUGCCUCUCUCUCCCUUUCUCUCUCCUCCUUGUACUCACAACCACCUAGAAGCCAUGACAACCACAGCAGCGCCAUGACAACCACACCAUAGCAACCCCGGCGUGGAGGGGCCUUAAGAUAAUGGCGGAAUCCUGUGUUUGUACCAACAGAAGGAGAGGGAGAGAUAGAUAGAGAGAGAUAGAUAGAGAGAGGGGGAGAGAGACGUAGCAGGCCACAGUGACGGGCAGCGGUAGGGGCUCAGGCCUGCUGACCUCCGUUGGUUCACGGAGAGGCGGUCCGCUGGGACGGCUGAACCGGCCUGGACGUACGGUCGAAACUCCACCGCACAAGGACGAGGGAACGAUAUCAUUGUGCGCAGAGCACUAUUUUAAAUUUUGGACCUCGUCUGAAGAAAAAUAUAAUAUAUAUAUAUAUAUAUAGAUAAAUAUAUACACCAUAGAUCUAUGUACAUAGCCUCAAUAAUUGAAGCCCGAUUUCGAAUGUAUUUUCAUCCUGCAAAAAGGGCAAUUUGUUUACAAAUAUUUGAAUAAGUAUACAAUACUUUUAACAAUUUUGCAUGAAAUACUGAGGAUAUGUUUGCUUGUCGGCUUGCAGCUUCAGUAUGACAGUCCCCCGUCCUUUGGUUAUGAAUUGGCUGAAUCUAAAAGAGAAAAAAAACGGCACUGGGAUGUACUAUGACAUGUCAGUCGUGUCAUGGAAGUAAUGUUACUUUCGUGUUCGUGUGUUUCUUUUUCUAUCGACUUCUUUGUAUUUGUAUUGAUUACGUAAACGAAUUCCACGUAUGUGCAGACUGUGUGCCGCUUGUGCUUUGGCUAAUAAUGUUCCUCCAGCGCAGAAGUGUUUUAUAAGCUGCUGGACCUGCUUUUGGUCUCUUCGAUCAGCCUCCAUCCCCACUCAAUGGUUUUAAAUCAUCAACAAAUCAGAUUUGCUCAAAGCGCAGUCUAAGCUAACAUUAAAUGCACACUUGUUUUUUUUUGUCUUGCGGAAGAAGUCAAAACAAAUCAAUGCGACUGAAUUUUGUGUGUGUGUGUGUGUGUGUGUGUGUGUGUGUGUGUGUGUGUGUGUGUGUGUGUGUGUGUGUGUGUGUGUGUGUGUGUGUGUGUGUGUGUGUGUGUGUGUGUGUGUGUGUGUGGAGAGAAAGAAAUCAGGCAUCGAAGAGAUGUAAGAAUUGAAGAAUCAGGGCCUAUAUUAGUCGGUCCUGUAGCAAUGUGUUGAUGUUAAGCCUGUUGGGAUUUCAUGUGGCCGCGUCUUUACUGGCCUUUCGUGGUCCCAUACCAUAUGUAACUCUGUUAUGUUACUGUCUGAUUAAAAGCCAUCUUGCAAGGGAAUGGACGGAGGCUCAACUCAAACCUGGAGCAUUCGUCCCCUGAAUCCGGUUAUGCAGCAAACAAACCUGCCGAGCAGGUUCUACUUUCAUAUGCAAUUACACCCAAGUGUUUUGCAAUCCAAGGCCAUGCGGUCAUCAAACAAAGGGGGUGGCUGCCAACCUCUAUUGUUCUAAGUCAUUGAGUGUGUGUGUGUGUUAUAGUGUGGUAGGGUAGCGAAGCCUGCAAAUUGGCCGGGAACAUCGUAUGCGGGGUUGUGAGUACAAAGUACAAAUUGUUCCCUCCCUCUGCAGAUGCAAUGUUAAGAAUAGUUAUAGCUCAUGUUAAAAAUGCAUGACAAUUGAGUGUGUCACAGUUCAUGGUACAAUGCUGCAUGGAAUUUCAUCGAUUUACAAUGGCGUUGUGUAACUCUGGCCUCUGUGAACCUGAACCAGUUUCUUUCCAUCGAUUACAAGGUUGUGGGAUAAGGUCUCUCUCUCUCUCUCUCUCUCUCUCUCUCUCUCUCUCUCUCUCUCUCUCUCUCUCUCUCUCUCUCUCUCUCUCUC